UCUUGAGUUGCACAGAUUACGAACUGUGAAAGUGUGAACUGUGAAGACGCGUCUGGUGAAUUGUGAUAAUAAUAUGAUUAUAUGAAUUAUGAAAUAUCUUUGUAUUCCUAUUCCAGCAACUAAAUAGUCUCUAAUUCGUCGGACGUCGGUGUGUUCUAUUUAUUAAAUCUGCAAUAGAUUGAAGAAUUGAUUGAUAAAUGAAGUUUUAUUUUGAAUUGAAGGCCUAAACUUUAUUAUAUAUAUUUGUGAUGGUCUACAUUGGGGAGUCUUUUAAUAUAUAUUUUUUGAAAAUAAGAAGUUAAGGAAUUUUACAGUUUCUUAAAUCUUUAUUCUGACACAACACAGACGAAUUUUCAAAAUGAAUAUAUCUAUCGAAAAAAAAAGAAUGGAUUGCUCUGCUUUGCCAAAAGGAUGGCAAAGAGAAGAAGUCAUAAGAAAAAGCGGACUAUCCGCUGGAAAAGUUGACGUUUAUUAUUACAGCCCAACAGGUAAAAAGUUUCGCAGUAAAGCAGAGCUAGUUCGUUAUCUGGGUGAUAGUAUGGACCUAUCAUGUUUCGACUUUCAGCAGGGUCAAAUUAACACCAUGCUGCUGUGCAAGGCCAAGAAAGCUCGUGCGCAGUUUGAUUACAGGGGUGUACGAUCUGAUGCCUCGUUAGUUCCUCCUAUACGACAAACAGCUUCAAUUUUCAAGCAACCAGUUACUGUCUACAAAACUCAAGAAAGUAAAGUUAAAACAGAUUUAAAGCAUGGUAACCAAGAAAAACCUAAGCAACUAUUUUGGGAAAAAAGACUUGAGGGUUUGACUGCUUGUGAUGCAAAUGGUGUUAUUGGAACCACUACAUUACCUCGAUACAUAAAACCUUUGGGACCCUACACAUCAGAUGCUACAACUAUCCAAUCUCUUGCUACAGCAUUGCAUGUAUCGUCUCAACCUAUAACAGGGCAGACUGGAUCAAAACAAACAAUUAUCGAAAACCCAGGUGUUUUUUUAAAUCCUGAGCAGCCAUUGAUUGCAGCUGUGACAAUAACAAAAGAGGAUGUAAAGAGGCAAGAAGAAAGGGUGAAACGGGCUCGCUUGAGGCUUAAAGAGGCUUUAGUGACUGCAUAGGGUCCAGCCGGUGACGGGGAAACCCCCGUUACCGACAAAGCUGACCCUUUAGACAUGGUCCUUCCAGAUUCAACAGAAGAAUCACCUAAAGCAACUGUUUCUGAAUGUGUCCCAGAUAGCACAGAAUCUAAUAUAUAGACAUAACUCCUCUCCCUAUGUUUAAUUAAUUCAUCAUAGGACAAGUCUAGGUACUAAGUUUUUUUAAGCCUAUGUGUAGUCUUUAAUAUAUGUGUGGAAAGUUAUCACAAAUAUUUUAAUAAGACAUCAUCAAAUUGCAAAUUAACUAAAUUCACAUUUUCAUGAACUUUUUAACAGUGAUAACCAUGUAUUUACUUCAAGUAUAAGUAAUUUUUUAAUAUAUAUAGAUAUAUAAGACAACUUUGUAAUAUUGUAAGUAAUUAAAACACUUGUAAUUUG